AUGAGCUCUGCCCCUGUUGAAUUCUUUACGCUCAAGCUCAUUCCCGGUGAGAUCUACCACCUGGACACGAUCCGUGACAUCCAGAUCACGAAUGUCAGCUACUCGAACCCCGAGUCGCUGAGUGGCAAGAAGCGCACGGUGCUCCGUGUGCACUACGCCGGCAGCCCCCUCGAGAUCGACGACGACGACGAGGAUGACGAGGAGUUCGACGAGGACGACAUUGCGGAGAUCAUCGACGACGAAGACGAUGAGGAUGACGAGGAUGAGGACGAUGAGGACGACGAGGAUGACGAGGACGACGAGGAUGACGAGGACGACCUCGACCUCGACGACGACGAGGACGACGAGCCUGAGUUCACCGAAGAGGACUCGUACGUCGUGUGCUCGCUCAUUCCCGAGAAGGUCGAGCAGGUGACCCUCAACCUCCAGAUCUGCGAGGAGGAGGAGGUCGGCCUCUCUGUCUCGGGUGACGAGCCCGUGGACAUCAUUGGCAACUACCUGCUGCCUGCCUCGCUGAACAACCUCGACCCCGAGGACUACGACUACGACAACCUCUACGACGACGAGGACGACGAGGACGAGGACGAUGACGAGGACGAUGACGAGGGCGCGAUUGAGCGCCGUGCCAUCCUCGGUCCCGAGUACGACGAGGACGACGAGGAUGACGAGGACGAUGACGAGGAUGACGAAGAUGACGAGGACGAGGAGGACGAGGACGAGGACGAGGACGAGGAUGACGAUGACGAGGAUGACGAGGUCAUCGUGAUCCCCUCCAAGAAGCGUUCGGCCUCGGACCUCGACGCCGACUCGUCGCUCAUUGACGAGUCGAAGCUGAGCCGCGGCCAGCGCAAGCGCCUCAACAAGAAGCUCAAGAACGAGUCUGCGCGCGCGGCUGCCCCCACGGUCGAGGAGGAAGAGAAGCUUCCUUCUGGUUUGAUCAUUGAAGACAAGAAGACGGGCACCGGUCCUACGGCGAAGCCUGGCCAGCGUGUUAGCAUGCGCUAUGUCGGCAAGCUGCAGAACGGUUCCAUCUUUGACUCGAACACCAAGGGGAAGCCUUUCUCCUUCCGCCUGGGCAAGGGCGAGGUGAUCAAGGGCUGGGACCAGGGCGUGAAGGGUAUGCAGGUCGGCAGUGAGCGCCGCCUGACUUGCCCUCCUCACCUGGCCUAUGGCCGCACCAAGCUUCCUGGCAUCCCCGCGAACUCUACGCUGAUCUUUGAUGUCAAGCUGCUCGAGAUCAAGUAG